CCGCAAAGCACUGUGACAUAAACAAAUGUAAACAAGAAUUGAAGAAUGCUCUAUAUACAAUGCUGUAUCAAAUGACAGUCAGAGGACGAAAAUGACAAAUACGUGGAUUUUCCAAGUCAACAGUUGAAGAUGGCCAAAAAUGUGACAUUGGCAAAAAGAACCGAGAUGAACUUGGAUGAAAAACUUCUGGACGCCAUCGGUAUUCAGACAAUCCGGUCAAGCAGUAAACCAAGCGCGAGGAAAGAUACGGCGUCGCAGGAUGGCUACGCAAACAAGGGGUCCACCAAACAAGCAAGCGAUAUCAAGUUCUUCAUUCCAGACAAGAGUCUGUUCCAGCCUAUGGAGAAGCCGGGGAGGGGAGACUGGUUGAAGGAACACAAGGAGUCCGGACAGACGUACAAACACUUUGUCUCCGCACGUGGCGCCAUUGGUUCAUAUCGCGGUCCAAAUCCACUCCGUUCCACGAUCUACCUACUUCCGCUUGUGUUCAGAGAAGAUCCCGUUCCACCGGAAGUGAUGUCACCACUACAGCAGUUCGCUUCUAUAUUCUUCGGGAUGCCCGUAACGGUGCUAAAACCAGUCUGCCUCCGUGGAAAGGUCGCAGACAGGCUUAAUGGAGAGGUGUAUCAGGCACAUGCUGGAGACAUCUUGGACAAAAUGCGAGCUCACUUGAAGAGGGACGCCUUCUGUGUUGCUGGUAUAACUCUGGCGGAUCUGUAUCCGAAGGAAGCAUGGAACUUUGUGUUCGGGCUUGCCAACAUGACGACAAACUGCGGGGUUUACUCGCUGGCUCGCUACCUCUCAAACUUCGGAAGCCACGAAACUACGCAGAUAGAUCUGGAACAGGACUCUCUUCGUUCCAUUCUGAUCCGCGCGUGCAAGACGAUGUGUCACGAGAUCGGUCACGUGUUCGGCUUACGUCACUGCAUCUACUUCAAGUGUCUAAUGAACGGAAGCAACCAUCUGGCGGAGUCAGACUCACGACCCAACUUCCUGUGCCCGGUCUGCCUACGGAAGUUGCACCACGCAUGCGCGUUUGACAUCGUGGAGCGGUAUCAGGCCAUGCGCAAGUUCUGGGAGGACCAAGGUGUUCCGCAUCUCACAGAAUGGUUGGACAGGCGGCUUGCGGGGCUUGGCGCCGCGUGAUCGAUUGUGUUGUUUGAUACCUUUAUAAAAGGCACAUGCAAAUAUCAUGAUAUGGACACGCGUAAAUCAUAUUUUGUUGCAAUUUUUAAGACAGCUUUUCUGUGAUGUACAUUGUACUUUAAGAGUUUGUGUUAUAGGAAGAUUUAAUACAAUAAUAUUCUUUUCGUAUGUUUUUGCGCAUAAAAAUAGUUCAUAGUUGUGUAUUAAGUUAGUGACAAAUCACAGAUAUCGAAAACAUAAUUAUAAACAUAUUUGGUCCCUCUGAACCACUUAACAGCUACAGUUCACAUGUGUGUAUUCGCGAGUCGCCCUGUAAACGUAGUUAACAAGGAUACAUAGUGUUGGUCGUAUUAUAUUUUUAUACUAUAACUUGAAAAGCGUCUAUGUAUUUUUACUUUGUAAUGUUAAACCCACGCACUGCCAUGUUUGUUAUAGUUCUUAAAAGCUUCGUUGUCUGAAAGGUACAAAAACAUGAUUUGAUCAUUCCAAGUACCUUGUAGGGACAUACAUGUAGAUACAGACAGGGUAAAACUAUUUAUUUACACAUAUAAGGAUUCUGACCCUCAAAUAAGCUAAUUCUCUGCAGACAAUUGUUUAAAACUGGUCUAUUCUGUUUUUUGUUUUUUAAUUUAGUUGGCUAAACACAUGUUGAUUGGUCAAUAUUUGUCCAAUAAUUACCGUUGACCGAAUGAUAACCAGAGGAUAACUUAUCCAGUGUUAUACGAUUGGCUGCAGAUAUCUACAUUAACCAGGUUUCCUUUUGAUGACUGUUGACACUAUGGUCUGUUGGUUUCAUAUAUAAUUGCUUAUGUAAAAUAAAUCACCAAUACUUCAUUAUAUAUCAAUAUUAUACCUGUUCUCUCUAUUUCAACUGAAGUCAGGCGUGAACUGAUUUUUUUUUGCAAUCUUUGAAGGCCAUAAAAGCUUGUAAUAUUCAUUUUUCUUCUAUAAUUUACACAUUAUAUUUUUAUGCAAAUAAAGCUCUUUCGAAUGAUAGCAAACGAAUAUAGGGUCCACAAUCCUCAUGUGUGGGUCGGAUACCUUAUUUAGAAUAGAAUAGGUAGCUAGUGUUUUUUAAUAAUUACUAGUAAUAUAUAAAGGAAAGCACAUACAUUAUUUUGAAUAUUUUCUGCAACUGUUUGCUCUGAGACAUCACUCACUGUUUACAGCAUACCUGUUCGUAUCAUUUCUUUUUUUGACAUAUAUAUUUAGGAAACAUACGCAACACAUUGUUUACAUUUAUAUUAAAGUUCACACAGUA